AUGUCUACCCUGGAACGUUUGGACCUUUACGAAAAAGUCCAGGCAUUGGCCGCCCACCCGGCUUUGAAACCAAACGAACAGGGCCACAUUCAAGCGCUCCUCAACGAUAUCAAGGCAGAUUACGAGAAUUCUGAUGACGAGGAUAACACGGGUGGUCCAGAGGUCACCUGCAACCCCUCUGCCCAAUCCCCCGCCGGCCCCACUGGUUCGGAAUCUUACCUGGCCCCAGAACCCCAGGCGGCCAAAGACAAUCAAACACCAAAUCAAUCACCCUCGCGUGCCCCAAGGAUAGGUGAAUUUUUCAUCCUCCCAAAUCCUAUUGGCGCACCUCGAACGACCUGCCCCUGCUUCAGCCAAUUCUCGUCGGGCAAUACAACCAGUCCAGUACCGGCAGACGUCAAUAUGGAUGCACACAUGCAAGAUGGGCAACAUUCGGAAAAUUCACGGAGUACUCUCAAUACGUUGGGACAGACAACUUUCCUCACGCGAGCCGGCAAUGAAUUUCUAGAGUCAAUUGAGCAAAAUCACGCGGUCCUUAAUAAGCGGGUUUUGGUGACACCAGCUUCCAACACUGCAUCUACAACUAGCCUGACAACUGCUGUUCCAUCAAACUCCUCCACCUCUGCGCCCUGGAUGGAUGAUGAUCUGGCGGCCAAAAGAGCACGCUUGGAACGCCGUGGUUCACAUGAGGAUGCCGAUGGGAGUACUGAUGAUGAGUUUGACCACACGGACAAGCAACCAUCUCAAGGACAAGUCAAAGUGGUUCUUGACAAUGGUCUGGGGCGCGCUUCUGAUUUCCGCCACGGGCCAAACGGACCCCCUCCGCAGGCCAGUCGUCCUUCGGAAUUCCUGACGGAUUCUAUGUUCAGGGACUAUGUCAUUCCGCGAAGACCUCAUGAGGGCACUGGGGCAAACUCAAAUGAUACGCGCCCUCGCGCAGACCAGAGCCAAAAUUCUUCUGGGGGGCCCACUCCUUCGCGGUCUGCAAGAUCACCCUCGGUGGAGCUGUUUGUCCCUGGCCAACACCUACCUGCACUAGAGGUAACCCGAUGGAACACCGAGUUAUCAACUGGGAUCCCGUGGUCAAUUGAAUCUGCCGAAAAGAGUAUUAGAAAUAUCAGUUUCAUACUCAACAACCUCCCCCAAUUGAUAUCGUCACACCCCACAUUACCUGAAGAGGCCACUAGAUCACUUUGGAUUGAUUUGGAUCACACCCAUCAGCUAUGUGUUUCAGAGGGCAUUUUGGAGACAGCGGGGGAUUUGUCUCUGAUCACACCUGACAUGGUCAACAUGGACCAAGUCACUCAACCGCGUUCGGCACGGGCCGGCUCACACAUACUUGCCCCCAAUCUGGCGACGUUCUUUGCGCCUCCCAAAAUUGCAUACCAGCGUCUUUGGGCAGCCUUGGGGCAAGCUUGGGGUAUACGACGGUUGGCCAAUGUCAAAAACGAGUGGGUUCAGCAAGCAAACGACGAUAAUAACGGGUUAUACACGGCUUAUUACCAUUUCUGCCAAUCGUAUGAUAACCUUGGCGCAUCACUCAACGACCCGGCAGGUGAUGGUGCAUCACGAUCGGCAAUGGAGUUGGUCCAGAACUUCUGUGGCGCUAUGGCGGGUCUGGCUUUCAUCUGCACCAAGAACAACAUGAAAGCGAAGCAGGCCAAAUUGGAUAAACUGCGAACGGUCCACCACGUACAACAUGUGCAGAUGCUUGCAAACUUGUUGAUCUUUGGCCCAACAGCCACUUUCACGUCACUCCACAAAGGCCCACACAUGACAUUAUCGAACGCGAACGCCUUGUUGGAAUUAGGCUCCAGUGUGCUCAAACAGAAGAUUGCCCUGGGAAUCACGACCCCAAUGCCUCAUUCAACAUUGGACAAUCUUCGAAUACACUUCCUGAAUUUCCUGAUUAAAAUGGGUUUCAACCAGUUGGACAACGAUGGUGUCCCUCAGGUUAAUUGGAAAGACGUACAUGCUUCUUUCUACAAUGACUUUUCUCCUUCAGUGAUUGCUGGGAUUUUUUCUCAAGAUAUUGAAAUAGCACUGGCCCACCGGUUGGUUUGA